GGAAAACAGUCAAUCGAGGUAAGCAUUUGCUCCUGCAGUCCGCACAGCGACAUAGACUCCCAAUUUACACACCAUGAUUCGUGCUCCCCGUUCAGCCUUUCCUGCUGCAGCCAUGUGCAAAUUGUGCCUGCGGCCUUUCUCAGUCGCAAUUAAGCACGAACGGAGACAAGCAUACGUGCUUACAUGGUCCAACGUGUUUGAAGUUCAUAGCCACAUGGGUGGAAAGGCCCGCAUAAAUGGCUGCCGAAGGUGAUGCCCACGAAAGCGACUUGUCCAUAUUGAGACAAAAUGGGACACCAAAUGUGAGCCACACAUUAGUGGCCCUCGACAGAAAAGAAACAUGCAGGUUGGAAAGGAGUUAACGCUAAAAUGCCGGAUAGUCCAUUUCGCUGUGUUGGUUGUGGCAGCAGAUGCCUGCAUCACCUGAUUGUUUCGCAGUGCAAGUUGCUCAUCUUUAACGGCGACUGCCGCUGCAAACAGGCGAGACACUGACCAAUCUGCAUGAGCCGCUGGUUGUCGCUCGUUACUAGACCGCCAUGUGUGACGACGACGGUGAGCCGUUUACGAGCUCGCGUCAAAGAUUCCAGUGUAUCUCGACAUACAAAUUUUAUUUCUGCUAUUGCACGAGAAUGUACAUACACUGCUUGUCUUCUGCCAAUAAAGUCGCACGUUCUGUUCACUCACUUGUGGCUUGUUUGUAUGGGCGUCAGUAGAGGCUCAUUGCUUUCCUGGCAAUUAGAACGCACCGGCUACGCGGCAGCCGAGGCGAGUACGUCGCGUACGAACGGAUACAAGCGUACACGACCGGCAAAAAGCGGCCAUAUUGAAUAAUGCUAUAAAAAAAAAAAAACGCGCAAUUCCGCUUUCUGUUUUAGCAGCGUCAUCUGGCGUCCACCUAGGUAAGUUCCAUGCGCUGCCGCUGCUUAUUUUCGAACCACUGCGGAAGGUACAGUUUCCCUUCUCUAAAGUUGCCGUAGGCAUCUAGUUGUGCAUAGGUGUUCUGUGGCUGUUCCGUUGUGCACUGUCGAACAGUGGGGUGUGUCGUUUUCUCGUGCGUGAAGUUUACGUCGCAUAGCCAGCUUAGCUCAAUUUGAAUGUCAGGGGCAGCAGUACGCCGGGAAAUAUGUCGCACUUCUUGCCGGAACUCGAACAGGAGUCAUUCAGCCCUGAGGACUUUGUUGAGCGCCUUGCCUGGCGCAGCCUGGGAGGCAACAUGGACCCCGAGACCUUUGACCCCAGUGUGCUGCAGGAGGCAUUCAAGCAGGGAAUUCGGGACCUGCAGGUCCUCUUUGAGAUGACCCAGAAGAAGUGUGAACGCCUCGAGAUGAUCUGCCGGGAGGAAGAAGCGCGCCAUUGCCACAAGGUUUCCGAGCUCCAGGACAAGAACAAGUCCUCAUAUGCCACAUAUAAGGAGCUAGAUUCGCAGAUUGGCUAUGUGGCAAUGAAAGUGGUGCACUUGGGAGACCUCCUGGAAAGCGUCAACACACCCCGUUCCCGUGCUGUGGAGGCUCAGAAGCUGAUGAAGCACUUUGCUGAGUUCCUUGGACCAGAACAUGGGUCAUACACUGGUAUCUUCCAUGACCCAGCCAAGCUUCACGAAGCAGCUGACAUUAUUCAAAAACUCCAUCUGAUAGCCCAAGAGUUGCCUUAUGGAAAGUUUGAGAAGGCACGUUUGAGGAUUGCUCAGAAGUACAAUGAGAUCGAGAAGGCCUUAAUUGCUGAAUUUGUCCGAGCACAUCAUGAAGGUGACAAGGAGACCAUGAGGCAAGUUGCGGCUGUUCUGUCGCACUUCAGGGGCUAUACGAACUGCAUUGACACAUUCAUUGACGAGAGCCAAAUGGGUGCAUUCAUGAAGAAGGAUAUGUUCUCUGAUAUAGUACCACUUUGCGAGCGCAGUGAGCAAGUGAUUGAAGAGGUCUUUACAAACCCGGAACAAGUGAUGUGCAAGUUUGUCUCGAACAUCUACAAUGGGAAGCUGCAGGAGUACAUUCAGUCAAACCUGAGUGACCGCACUGACCCGGAGAAAUACCUUAGGAGUCUGUACGAGCUUUACUCAAAGACGAUGCAGCUGUCUUCCAACCUGUCCAAGUUCAAGAUGGGGAAUGACCCUGCUUUCCUGAAGAAGUUGACGCGCCAGAUUUUCUCCAAGCAUUUGGACCCAUACCUGUCAAUUGAAACACACUACCUGAGGGACAAAUGCUGCUCUGUGCUCAACAGGUACUACGAGUCCAAGAACCACCACAAGCGGCAGUUCCAGUUUGGCGGAAUUCAUGACCUCCGUCGUGACCUUCAAGCGAAGCUUGGUGCCCGCUCCAACAUCAACAUUGCACCAACAGUGGAAAACUUUGGUGGCGAGACAUUUCUCUCUGAAGAAGUGGCCAUUAAUCUCUUGCAGGAGAGCAAGCUUGCCUUUCAUCGCUGCCAGCUGUUGUCCAAGCCUACAGAGCUGCCAAAAAGUGUGGCGCAGAUCUUUGACAUCCUGCUAAAUGGCCUUUGCAUUGAGCACAUUCACUAUGCCCUGGACAUUGGCCUGCGAGCAAUACCUGUGUCCGAGCCAAAGAGUGAGCCAGAGAUUUAUUUCUUUGACACGGUCAGGCAGUGCAACUCCAUUUACCAGCUACUUGAGAAGCUCUUCAAUAACAAUGUUGCCCCUCUCCUCCUGUCUACUCCAGAACAUAGUGUGUGUCUGCAGAAGAAGCGAGAGCUGACAGAACAAAUGGAGAUCAAAAUGGACACUGGUUUGGAUCGUUCACUGGCAGCCAUUAUUGGCUGGGUGCGCUACAUCCUCCAAACUGAACAGAAGAAAACGGACUUUAAGCCAGAAGUGGAGGAUGUCAUCGAGACAACCAAGGUUGCUCAAAAGGUUGUCAAGUAUGUGACCAAGUGCAUUGAAAAACUUAGGGACUCUCUCGAUGGCACUAACGUGGAUGCUAUGCUUUUGGAGUUGGGCAUCAGGUUUCACAGAACGAUUUACGAGCACAUCCAGACAUUUCAGUACAGUACUGUAGGCGAGUCUGGAGAGGAGUGUGCUGGUGAAUUUCGUCCAGUUGAGGACGGACUGCAAGGUGCACAAGCUGGUGAACCAGUUCAAGUGAGCCACUGGGUGCUUUGUUACCCCACACUUGGCUGACAGCUUAAAAGGGCUCCAAGUGCUUCGUUACAGGGCUAGAAUAAAAUGUUGAGCCUGUCGGGACCCAAUCAGAAAGACAUCGAAACCCGACAACUUUGAA